CGAUGAUCUCACUGAUCAGAGCUACGAUCGUCUCACUUAGACCACUGUUUGAAUCCAAGACUAGUGGCAUAGUUUUGGGUAUUUCCUGCACAAUCAUUCAUUGUUUACUUGGCAGAAUAGUAUAGGAUCCAUAGCAAGAGCUUAUCCUCCAGCUGUGCUACCAGGUUCAAACAUCUCGUUUCUAUGGCCCUGGAUGAGGCGAUUCAUUGGAAUGGAUUUUGCGAGCUGGAGUCUGAACCCGCACUCUUCAAUGUCAUGCUCCGGGAAUUUGGCGUAAAGGGGGUCAAAGUCCAGGAAGUCGUAUCCUUGGAUGAGGAUAUGAUGGCGAUACUGAACAAGCCGAUCUACGGGCUGAUAUUCUUGUCUCGCUGGCGGGAGGAUGACCCCAAUAAACAGGAAGCAAGCUGUCCAGAAGGGCUGUGGUUCGCAAAUCAGGUCUGGCUCACUACGGCGAGCAAUGCCUGUGCUACUGUGGCUCUUCUGAACAUUGUUAAUAAUAUUGAAGAGAUUGACCUUGGGGAAAAUUUGCAACACUUCAAAGAAUUCACUAUGCCUUUUACGCCAGCGCUCCGAGGUGAUGCAGUAAAUAACCAUGAAUUUAUCAAGAGGAUACACAACUCAUUUGCGAGGCGAAUGGAUUUACUCAAAGCUGAUCACCAGCUCAAGGCCGAGACAGCAUUCCGGCGAUCUCGCACCAGACAUGAGCAAGAAGACUUGGACACGGCUUUCCAUUUCAUUGCCUAUGUUGCUGCUUUAGGCAAAGUUUGGAAAUUUGACGGGUUGGAACGUCAGCCUCAAGUUCUCGGCUCCUGCCAAUCCAGUGACGAUUGGCUGGCUCAAGCUAAGCCCGAUAUUUUCACGAGGAUGAAAGAAUACGAAGAAGACCAAAUUGAGUUUUCAAUGUUGAGCCUUGCUCAAGAUCCGCUCCCUGGUCUAAUUAACAGGUUGGCGAUGAAUGUGAAAUCUCUUGAGAUGGUCAACCAGUGUCUAACGUCCAAGGCUGGCCAACUACCCUUUCACGCAAUCACUCUUAAGAAUACCCUUCUAGGACCCGAUAAGUCCUACACACUCUCCAGGGAUAUGAUAGAUCGGGCUUUCAUUCCGACUCUUCAAGAACAGGAGUAUCAAAAUUGUGGGGUGGAGAAGCUGAAAAACCUCUGGCACGAACUGGCGGAUAGCCAGCGCAGUCUACAGGCGUCCAUUCGGGAAGAGCAACAGUCACAGCAGGCUGAUAAUGAGUACGCGGAAGGUCGGCGGUUUGACUACAGCCCUGCCAUUCGCAAAUGGCUCCGACUGCUAGCCCGCAAGCAAGUCAUCGAGAAGUUGUUGUGAUCUUGAUCUCGAAACUGGUUUAAGUCGGUCAUUUGAACUUGUAUUGUACGUGCUUCGUAGAUAGAGCAACGAUCUUUUCGUCUUGCC